AUGGGUGCUCAGGGCCCCGGCUGCGCUCCGCCUAUGCCCGAGGGAGGCUCAGAGGACCGUGGGCCGCGGUCCGUGGCGGGCCCGAAUCAGACACCUCCGGGGCCACGUGGCCCUGAGCCACGAACGGGAGUGGGCAGGGGGGGCGCCGACAGGGGGCGGGCCUGGAGAGGCCCAGGGCGGGAGGGCGCCGAGACCUCCGCGCCCCUCACCCCAACCCCAAGCCCAGGCAUGCACGCCCGACCGGCCGCUCGGGGUCCCGGAAACACUCCGGGCCCCCGGGCCGGGCCAGGUUUGCUGGCCAGGGUUACUGGUGUGCGGGGACGGGGAGGCUUCGGCCGGGCUGCCGGCCCUGGCCGGCGCGCCCCGUGGAAAGGUGCGGCCGGCUGGCUCGACAUGGCACAUCAGAGCGAAAAGGAGGCGCAGCGCAGGUUUUUAAAGGUGCCUGGCGGCAACCGCCUCUAUCUAAGAUCAUACCACCCUGAACGGGCCAGAUGUCUUCUGAUCGGGGAAACUAAGCAGGGUUAG